UUUUAAAUCUCUUAAAUCACAUCAAAGGAGAAGCAAAGGACACCGUCGAUAUGGCCCAUACUCAUUUCCAAAUCCCAAUGCGAUCAUUUGACUGCCCUUCUCGCCGGUGAUCAUAAACAACAUCCUCCCCGCCGGAAUCUGUUCCUAGUUAUCUUCACCAGUGAAAUUAAGGUUGGAAUUCUUCCAGGCGGUAGAUAUGGAGUCGUUAGUGGAGGCGACAUCUGGUGCGGUGGGUGCACUGGUCAGCACCACCGUUUUGUAUCCUCUCGACACUUGCAAAACUAAGUACCAAGCUGAAAAUCGAGCUCAUCAUCACCAAAAAUACAGGAAUAUUUCAGAUGUCCUUUGGGAAGCGAUAUCCAAAGGCCAAGUACUAUCACUGUACCAAGGGCUGGGGACGAAGAACCUGCAGUCUUUCAUUUCACAGUUUAUCUACUUUUAUGGAUACAGCUUUUUUAAGCGACUUUACUUGAGACAAAGCCAAACAAAGUCUAUAAGAACUGCAGCUAACUUAGUCAUUGCUGCUGCUGCUGGUGCAUGCACAGCCAUCGCCACUCAGGCAAGUUCUAUUUCCAUCUGCUGUUGUGACUGCCACGCUAUUUUGCUUAUUCCUCUUGAUACAGCAUCUUCAAGGAUGCAAACAAGUGAAUUUGGAAAAUCCAAAGGGUUGUGGGAAUCCCUCUCAGAGGGCUCGUGGAGUGAUGCAUUUGAUGGUUUAGGAAUUUCCCUUCUUCUUACCGCAAACCCUUCUAUACAGUACACCGUAUUCGAUCAGUUGAAAAACAGAAUGCUCAAGGGGAAGAUUGGGAAACAAAGUGACGAUGUGAAGUCUCCCGAAGCUCUUUCUGCAUUUUCUGCUUUUGUUUUGGGUGCGGUCUCGAAAUGCAUUGCUACCUGUUUGACUUACCCAGCUAUAAGGUGUAAAGUGAUGAUUCAGUCAGCAAAAUCGGACGACGAAAAUGAAGAAGGCAAGACCCGACCAAAAUCCCGUAAAACAGUGACAGGAACAAUCUAUUCUAUCUGGGAUAAAGAAGGUUUACUUGGUUUCUUCAAAGGGCUGCAGGCACAAAUGCUGAAAACCGUUCUCACAUCAGCACUACUUUUGAUGAUAAAGGAGAAAAUCACCAAGACUACUUGGGUCUUAAUGAUUGCACUAAGAAAAUUCAUGUUGUUAGCUCCAAGAAUGGUGGUUGCUGCCACCGGGCGCAUGGCCCCAUCAGCCACCGGAAAUCACAAUCCGGUCAGAUUUUCCGGCAGAAAUGGAAAAUCAGCAGUAAACUUCGGCCAUGGAGAACUAAUGGGCGAGAAGCUCAAGUUUUCGCCUUUUGUUCAAAGGAGCAAAAACCGUGCUAUUCUUACCACUCCUCAAGUCCGCAACUCACUUACAGCUGAUUUUUCAGGUGAGACUAAGUUGAAAAACCUUGAUAUGGAGAAAAGAGAUCCAAGAACAGCUGUGGCAAUCAUUCUCGGAGGUGGGGCCGGGACUCGUCUUUUCCCUCUCACUAAACGUCGAGCCAAACCAGCCGUUCCUAUAGGAGGAGCGUAUAGAUUGAUUGAUGUGCCAAUGAGCAAUUGCAUCAAUAGCGGCAUCAAUAAAGUGUAUAUCCUCACACAGUUCAACUCAGCUUCGCUCAAUCGGCAUCUUGCACGUGCUUACAACUCUGUUGGCAGUGGGGUUUUGGCGGCCACGCAGACGCCGGGUGAGGCGGGUAAAAAUUGGUUCCAAGGUACUGCGGAUGCUGUUCGGCAAUUCCAUUGGUUGUUCGAGGAUCCGAGAAGUAAACAUAUCGAGGAUGUUCUCAUUCUGUCGGGAGAUCACCUGUACAGGAUGGAUUACUUGGACUUUGUUCAGAAUCACAGGCAGAGUGGUGCAGAUAUUACUAUAUCAUGUUUGCCGAUCGAUGACAGUCGCGCAUCAGAUUUUGGUUUGAUGAAGAUUGACAACAAAGGAAGGGUACUUUCAUUCAGCGAGAAACCCAAAGGAAACGAUUUGAAGGCAAUGGCUGUAGACACGACUGUUUUGGGACUGUCGAGGGAUGAGGCUGAGAAGAAGCCUUAUAUUGCUUCAAUGGGAGUUUAUGUCUUUAAGAAGGAAAUACUUCUCAACCUUCUAAGAUGGCGUUUUCCAACUGCAAACGAUUUUGGAUCAGAAAUUAUACCUGCUUCGGCUAGAGAAUUCUUUAUUAAGGCCUAUCUGUUUAACGAUUACUGGGAAGACAUUGGUACAAUUCGGUCGUUUUUUGAAGCUAACCUUGCCCUGACAGAACAUGAUGAUGAUAAUAAGCCACCAAGAUUCAGCUUCUAUGAUGCAGCAAAGCCAAUCUACACAUCAAGAAGAAACUUGCCGCCAUCAAAGAUAGACAACAGCAAGAUUGUUGAUUCAAUAGUAUCACAUGGGAGUUUCUUAACUAAUUGCAUUAUCGAACACAGUGUUAUCGGCAUUCGGUCACGUAUAAACUCCAACGUUCACCUCAAGGAUACAGUAAUGCUGGGGGCUGACUACUAUGAAACGGAUUCCGAAAUUGCGUUAGCCUUGUCUAAGGGGAAAGUUCCUAUAGGAAUUGGUGAAAAUACAAGAAUAAAGGAAUGCAUUAUUGACAAGAAUGCCAGGAUUGGUAAAAACGUAGUCAUUGAAAAUUCAGAGGGUGUACAAGAGGCAGAUAGAACCUCCGAAGGGUUUUACAUCCGAUCAGGCGUCACAGUAAUACUGAAGAAUUCAAUUAUUAAAGAUGGGACUGUGAUAUGACAACCUUUUACUGUCAUUAACAAGCAAAAUUUUGAGGAUCUUGAGGUUCUGCCAAUUGUUCAUGAAGUUGCACAAGUGUAACAAUUCAAUAGUAAUAAGUGACAUUCUCAUUUGAAAAUAUAAUUCCUGGAUCACUCAAAUUUUCUCGAGAAAAAUAUGCAUAAAUUUCGGACCUUUCAAUGCCCUUUAAAAGGCCUAAUAUAUAGAUUGGUUGUGUAAA